AUGUCUCCGGAGACGGCGGUCUUGACGAGGAACUCGUCAAUACAGGCGUCCCCGGAGCCCAUCCGGCCCAAGGACGAGGACCAAUUCCCUUCAAGCUUUCAGCUCCCCGACUCCAUUUUAUCACGAAAACCCAGUGCCAACUCGCUCGGCCACAGUUGGUUCAGCAGCACUACUAGCCCCAUUGCGGAGGCUGCAUACAACAACAGUAGCACCAUCAACCCCGUACCAAGCAAUGGACCUUCGGCGACCUCCGCCAAUGCCGCUCCCGGUAAGGGCAACAUCAUCCGACGCCUGUCUAGCCGAGCAUCGAGGAGCAUCACUAGCAGGAGGCGCCAGUCAUCUGCCGCCCCUGCGAGCCGCGAUGGAAGUGUAGGCCCGUGCUUUCUCAGGCGUCGAAGCGACAGCAACACCACGGCCCCACCAGAAUACGCCGCCGCCCUGUCCACGGACUCGGAGUCAGACCUGGAUGAGCGCGAUGACUUCGCGUCAAUCAGGUCCUUGUAUCUCGAUGGCGUGCCGCGGGGCUCUUCGGCCAACAGCACCACGGGAUCCAUCCCGGGGAGCUCCAAUAACAUGGCCGGCCCCGUCAUUCCCCUGCAACUUCAGCGCGGGACUUGGUUGAGGAAAAUUUCCAAGAAGAAUCGCUCCAAGCGAAUUCGCCUCGUCUACGAGCCCGAGACAAACAGGCUCACGUGGGAUCGGGCGCGACCGAACAAGUUUCUCCAUGUAGAUGAAAUUCGGGAAAUUCGCACCGGCUCCGAUAUCCAGCAGUAUGGCCGCGACUUCAACAUCCCCGAGUCCGAGCGGUCCACGUGGUUCUCCAUCCUCUACUCUAUUCCCGAAAAGUCCAAGACCAAGUUCCUCCAUCUCAUUGCAGACGACGUCGAAACAUGCUCGACCUGGACUAUCUUCUUGGACGCCAUGCUCAAGCACCGACAGGAGGCCAUGACGUCCCUCAUGUCCUUCAAUGACCGAGCCAUUGCGCAGUACUGGCAGAGUGAGAUGACGAGGCAAUUUGGCGAUCAGCCGCGAGGCGAUGCGCAGGAGGAGAUGGACAUUGCGGGAGUCAUGCAAGUGUGCCAGAACCUGCAUAUCUACAGCUCGCAGUCCACUCUGCAAGCCAACUUCCGCCUCUGCGAUGCCAGGCGCCGCGAGCGGCUCAACUUUUCAGAGUUCCUCAACUUUGUCAGGCUCAUGAGGCAGCGGUCAGAUAUCCAGUGCAUCAUUCGCAGCAUCGCAGCUAAGCCGCAGGCCGGACUGACCUUGCCCGAGUUCCUCUCCUUCCUUCGCGACGUGCAGGGUGAGGAUGUCGACUCGAACACGGCCAUGUGGGAGAGGAACUUCAACAAGUUUGUUCGCAAGCACAGGGCUGGUGAUGUAGACGGCUUUGACGUGGACAACGCCGCCAACAACAUCAUGUCCGAGGCGGCAUUUGUCGGCUUCCUGUCUUCUCAGCACAAUGGACCGCUGGCCGAUGAGCCCCAAGAAUACACCCUCGACCGACCCAUGAACGAAUAUUUCAUCUCAAGCUCCCACAACACAUAUCUGAUCGGCCGCCAGGUCGCUGGCCAGUCGAGCGUUGAGGGAUACAUCGCUGCCCUCGCCCGAGGCUGCCGCUGCGUCGAGGUGGACUGCUGGGACGGCUCCGAUGGCCAACCCCAAGUCGUCCACGGCCGCACGCUCACCACGGCCAUCAGUUUCCAGGAGGUCAUGACGACCAUUAACAAGUACGCCUUUGUCAAGUCGAGCUUCCCCCUGUGGAUUUCCCUCGAGGUGCACUGCAGCCCCAUGCAGCAGGCCUUGAUGGUGGGCAUUAUGAAGGAAGCGUUCGGCGCGCGCCUCGUCACGGAGCCCCUUGAUCCGACAUCGGACAAGUUGCCGUCGCCGUCCGAGCUUAUGGAGCGGAUCCUCAUCAAGGUUAAGAAGCCUGGUGGCAACCACGACAGCUCUGUCGCCGAUGUCACCGGCAGGCGCCGAGGCAGCAGCCUGAGUUCUCCCCUCUCUAGGCCCACCGUUCCUGACACGAGCGCCUUUACGCCGUCUCAGUCGCUUCCACAGAGCCCGCUCCUCGCUGCCAGCAACCAAGCUCGCCGCUUGGUGAGCAAGAGCCGCGUCAACACCAUCACCGAGGGUGAGGUGCACGAGCUCAUGAGCAGCAGCACGAGCGACAACGAAAGCGGCAGUGAGGUUAGCUCCAUCGGGAGGUCGGCAAACAAGACGACCAAGGUGCUGGGUGCCUUGGGUGUGUACUGCGCCGGCGUCAAGUACUUUGGGUUCGACAGCCCGGCUGCCAAGGCGUUCAACCACAUCUUCUCCUUCAUGGAGACGAGCUUUGCCAAGCACUCUCGCACCAAGGAGGCAAAGAUGGCCUUGGACAUUCACAACAUGCGAUACAUGAUGCGAGUGUAUCCUGACGGCCGGAGGUUCGCAUCAAGCAACUUUGAUCCGCUCAUCUACUGGCGCCGCGGCGUGCAAAUGGCUGCCCUGAACUGGCAGACGUUCGACCUGGGCACCCAGCUCAACCACGCCAUGUUCGAGGGCGGCAGGGACGAGUCAGGCUAUGUCUUGAAGCCACCUGAGCUGCGCGACAUCCAAGUGCGGCCUUACAAUUCCGCCAUUGCCGAGGGCAAGAAGGAGCGGUCCGUGGUGUCGUUCAGCAUUGAUGUCAUUUCGGCUCAGCAGCUCAUGCGACCGGCCAACCUGGCGGCGGCCAAGUCCAUGGACCCAUACGUCGAGGUCGAGGUCUUCCACGCCAACGACAAGCGCGACAAGAAGGAGGCGGGCUCGAACAUGUCGUACGAAGGCGAUUCGCCGCUUCAGUUCCAGACCGAGGUGAUUCGGGAGAAUGGCUUCAACCCGAAGUUCUCGGGCGGACAGUUCAAGUUCCAGGUGACGACCAAGCACCCUGACCUCAUCUUUGUGCGAUGGUCCGUCAAGCUGGCCAGCUACGGCGAGAGCUACAACAGCAAGGAGGGGGCCGCCAUCGCCACAUACACGGCCAAGCUGAAGAACUUGAAGCAGGGCUACCGAACCCUGCCUCUACUUAACCAUGCCGGCGACCAGUACCUGUUCUCGACGCUGUUCUGCAAGAUCCAGGUCGACCCCAUCGAGACGAGGCUCUUUGACGCUCCCUUUCCGAUUCAGGAUGUGAGCAAGUUCAACCGUCUCGGAGGCAAGGUCUUUGGCCGCUCAAACGGAACUGUCAGCCCACGCAGCACGUUUGAGAAGAGCGGCGCGGAAAAGAGCAGCAUGGAGAAGAGCAGCUUUGACAGCUGCCCAUGA